AUGAUCCUGUGGAUGAAGACAGAGGAGAUGGCCCUCGGGGAGCUGCUGGAGAGACUGAGGACAGUCACUCAAAGCAUAGAUGAGAUCAUGCAGCUGGACAGCAGUCCCCUCCGUGCUGCUGACAUCACCCCUGACCUCAAGAAGCAGUUUGCCUUCCUUUCAGGAGGUCGAGGAGAUAAUGGCAGCCCCAUCAUUGUGUUCCCAGAAUUCCCAGCGUUCGGGGAGAUCACAGAUGGAGAGUUUCACAACGUCCUGACCUACCUGACAAGCGUGCCCAGUUUGUCUUCGACUGGCGUGGGUUUCAUUCUGGUCAUUGAUCGCCGGCAAGACCGAUGGGCGGCUGUCAAGGGGACCCUGCUCCGUAUUGCUGGCUCCUUCCCAGGGAACCUCCAGCUGGUUCUGGUUUUGAGGCCCACGACCCUCCUGCAGCGUACACUCUCUGACAUUCUCUUCAAGUUCAACAAGGAUGAGUUCAAGAUGAAGGUGCCGGUUAUCAUGCUGAGCUCAAUCACUGAGCUGCACUCCUACAUCGACCGCUCCCAGCUGACCCAGGAACUUGGAGGAACGCAGGAGUACUGCCAUGACAAGUGGAUCUCUCAUCGCACUGCUAUUGAAGGCUUUGCCCUGAUGGUAAAGAAAACGGCACAGACCCUGCAGUCGUUCGGGACUGAGCUGGCUGAAACUGAACUCCCCAACGAGAUCCAGGCCACAACCAUCCUGCUGAGCACACACACCAACAAGAAAGACAAAAUGAAGGAGGACCUGCUGGUGGCUCUGGGUCAGGGCAGCAGACUGCUCGAGAGCAUCAAUGAGCCUGUGGUGCGAGAUCCCGACCACAACAUGAACCAGGACGAACUGGAGAACCUGGCUACAGUGCAAAGACUGCUCUCUCAGCUGGACGAGACAGAAAGAGCUUUCGAUGAGUUCUGGGUGAGACAUCACACCAAACUGCAGCAGUGUCUCCAACUGCGCCACUUUGAGCACAACUAUAGAGAGGUGAGGGCUCUGCUGGAUCAGGUGUCUGAGAAACUCGCAACCUUCUCUGAGGUGGGGAUCAGCCCGGCUCACGCUGACCACAUCUUCUGUGAACUCACCACCUAUGAGGAGAGAGUCUGUGAGGUGCUGGACAGAGCCUCGUCAUUGGCCCGUGAGGGUGAUGAACUGAUCCAGAACUCCCAUUACGCUGAAGACUCCAUUCAGCCCAAAUGCAGCGAGCUCAGAGCCGUCAGUGAGAAUGUCAGCAGCAACCUGAGGGCCAAGAAGGACCACCUCCUCAAAGCCAUGGAGCUGCACCGCAGUUUGGAGAAGGCUUCUAAAUGGGUUGAUGAUGGUAUUUACCUGCUGGCGUCUCAGCCAGUGGACAAGUGCCAAUCACAUGAGGGAGCAGAGUUAGCCUUGAAGGAGCUGGAGCGUUACCUGGAUAACGCAGGCCAGAACCAACUGACAGACCUCGAUACCAUCUGGAGAGAGUAUGAGACAGUGCUCAACCAGCAGUUCAGAGAACAAGUGGAGAAGGUUUUCCAGAAGCAGGCGUCCAUGCAGGAGAUGUUUGACAAGAGGAGAGUCAGCCUGAAGAAGCUAGCAGCCAAACAGACCAGGCCGGUGCAGCCGGUAGCCCCCAGACCUGAAGCCUUCAUCAAGUCCCCCCUCAGCUCACCUGCACACAGAGCACAACAGGACAAAAAGAAAUCCGAGGCAGACUCUGGGAACAACUGUGAGAAAGGAAAUGGCCAACUGCAGAACGGUGACGGUAACAGCAGACAUGCCUCUCUGUCAGAGGAGGAGGAGAACCUGGCAGUGCUCAGGAGGCACGUUAUGAACGAGCUUCUAGAAACUGAGAGAGCGUACGUGGAGGAGCUGCUCUGUGUAUUACAGGGAUAUGCCUCUGAGAUGGAUAAUGCAGCGAUGGCUCACCUCAUCCCCGCUCCUUUGCAGAACAAAAAGGAGGUUCUGUUUGGCAACAUGCCAGAAAUCUACCACUUCCACAAGAGGACGUUUCUGAGGGAGUUGGAGCAGUACACCGACUGCCCAGAGUUGGUUGGAAGGUGUUUUCUAGAGAGGAUGACAGACCUGCAGAUCUAUGAGAAGUAUUGUCACAAUAAGCCUCGCUCUGAAAGCCUUUGGCGGCAGUGCUCAGACUGCGCCUUCUUCCAGGAGUGUCAGAAGAAGCUGGAGCAUAAACUGGGCUUAGAUUCUUACCUGCUGAAGCCUGUUCAGAGGAUUACCAAAUAUCAGCUGCUAUUGAAGGAAAUGCUGAAGUACAGUAAGAGCUGUGAGGGGGCCGCCGACCUGCAGGAGGCACUGACCGCCAUCUUGGGCAUCCUCAAGGCUGUCAAUGACUCCAUGCACCUCAUCGCCAUUACAGGAUACGAGGGUAAUAUGAGUGAGCUGGGUAAGCUGCUGAUGCAGGGGUCCUUCAGCGUGUGGACGGAGCACAAGAAAGGUCAUGCUAAGGUGAAGGACCUGGCCCGUUUCAAACCCAUGCAGAGACACCUCUUCCUCCACGAGAAGGCGCUCCUGUUCUGCAAGAGGAGGGAGGAGAACGGCGAAGGAUACGAGAAAGCUCCCUCGUACAGCUUUAAACAAUCACUGAGCAUGAGUGCUGUGGGCAUUACUGAGAACGCAAAGGGAGACAACAAGAAGUUUGAAAUCUGGUGCAACUCCAGAGAAGAGGUCUAUAUUGUUCAGGCGCCAACGGCUGAAGUAAAAACCACUUGGGUAAAUGAGAUCAGGAAGGUUCUGACAACCCAGCUGGAAGCCUGCAGAGCCAACCAGCAGAGGGCACCAGACCAGGUUUUCCAGUUUCCUCCUGUGCCCAGUGGCACAGUGAGUCUCAGUCCAUUCAAGUCCGGUCAGAAGAGCUUUAAGAAGGGAGACGAGAAGAAGGCUGAGCCCGGCAGCCCCGAUGCCAACUCCUCCUCCUCACCAAAGCCCACAGGAAAAGAUGAGGCUGUGACAAGCCCUACCUCAGACAGAGCUGCUGUGGCUAAAAAGCGCUUUACUUUACAGGGCUUCAGUAACCUCAAAGCUCAGAAAGGAUCUCCCACAAGCCCCGAUCACAAGACGAAACGCCAGAGUGACCCCACGCCAUUCGGCUUCAAAGGCUGGAACAAGACCUCCCUGUCAUUGGAUGCCUCAGAGGAGCACGACGGCUACUCCAGUGCAGAGGAUCCUCUUAACUCUGACCCAGAGGACGACAACGGCAAGAAGCUGUGUGUCGGCAAAUAUACAGUGAUGGCUGACUAUGAGAAGGGUGGCGCUCAGGAGCUCUCUGUAAAGAGCGGGGACAUGGUGCAUCUGGUCAAAGAGGGAGAUGACGGACAGUGGUUUGUACGUAACCUGAGCAGCUCUAAGGAGGGCUGGAUGGCAGCUGCUAAUCUCAUCACUCUCAUUGGGAAGUCCAAGUCUUGCCAGUCUCUCACCAGCUCAGAGGGCAGCGGCUCUGGAAACCUCAGCACAUCGUCCAGCUGCAGUGAGACCUACACGAGUUUCUCUGACAUCAAACCUUGAAUUCUUCAGCACUUGCUCCAUCACCAAACUGCCCUUGCGAAUGCUAGCAUCGUGCGGCUGACUGUCCUGUGUCGCCAGCAUCGGUACUCGUCAACAUUUUGACAGGUUUCCACAGAAAGCUGUAUUUUUCUUUUUUUUUUUCUUUCUUUUUCUUUUUCAAGUCAUGCACAUGCACUACUUAUUAAAGUCAUAAUCUCGAAGAUUUUAAUUUAAAUAAAGCCCCUUUCCAGGUGCACAAAACAACAAUAAAAUCCAAAUUUUUUUGCCCUAUUUAAUGGGCAAGGUCACAAUCACUAUUCACUCCCAGGGCGAGUGACUUUGGAGUUGUCAUGGGUAUUUAUCGGCUCCAGCUCCGAUUGGCUUCAAUUGGCAGUGAUGAAAACACAUUAGGACCUCUUGUUAUUUGUAAUCAUUGCGAAAGUCGUCUAUGAUCUUAAGCCCAUGAAAAUCUGCCAUGUCUAUUAUUCGUCAAGUAAAUCUUCCACCGCAAAUUACCUAUUGUAUUUCGCCGAACACAGAGGCCUAAAAUGACAAAAGAUAAUGAGAUGGAUGGUGUGUGAUAAUAUGAGGCAGAAUAGGUUCUGUUGUUUAACCCACUUUUUCUUUUUUUUAAAGGUCAACACUGUACAUCACUGCUAGUAGUAUUGCAAAGUUUUUGUAGAGUGGAGUUACAAAUGACUCUGAGCAUCUUAUGUGGUGGUAAAUUUGAGUAAACUACAGACUUUGCUUAUCCAAAGUGAAUGUGCCACACAGACGUGGGAGAUGAUUUGUAAAUCACAUGAGGUCCUUUUGGUAAAACGAGCCCCGUGUGACCAUGACUUAUCAUCGUAGCUGCCACCAAUAAAAAAAGUAACAGAUCUUUGAGAUUGUCACUUUAUGCUAAUUUGCUACACAUGCACGUUACAGACUUGACUAUGACGCGAUUGAGCGGUGAAAUACUGGAUAGAAAAAAACAUCACAGACACAGUAUAGUAAUCUUUCUCUAGUCGUACACUUGUCUGUAUAUUUUUUGUAAUGAAGAACUGAGGAUGUGUGUGUUUAUAAUGUAAUAGAUGUAUGAAUGGGCCAGCAGGACUGAUCUCAGUUAAUGCAUCUAUUUGAGUUCACACGAAAAGUGGAGAAACAUUAGAGAUCAA